AAAGUGAAACUCUCGAUUUCCAUACGAUCUCACACUAAGUGGAAGCGUUUGGCCUCUGAAAUAUUUUUAAAACAGAUCUAUAGCUCAUUCGUUGGUGAAAAUAGCCCACUCUGCGGUGCUUUACGUUACGAUACGAUGCGAUCCUAUCAAUCCAUCGGAAUACAUUUAAAUGGUGCUAUGGUGAUGGUUAAUUCACUUCUCCCGUUGUAGCAAGUGACGGUGCGGGGAAAGAAAUUAAGAAAGCGCAACUCUAACCGAUGAUCACCGUUUGUGCAGUGGAAAGCGUAAAGUGUGUCUCGAAUUGCAAUCGAAAAGUGUAUAAUCCGGCAGCUGGAACGUAAAGUGUUUUCCCGGGCUGGAACGUAAAGCGGGCGCCAUCAUUAGCAUUGCCAGAUUUGGGGCGCAACGGCCAGACACCAGGACGACCGUGUGUUUCGAUGACCGGAAAAAGCUGAAACGAUGUCAUCGGAUAGAAUCCACCGUGCCGCCAAAGACGGUCUGCUGGACGUGCUUCGGGAGGCGACCCGUUCCGAGGCCAAUGCCAAAGAUGUGGACGGUAUGACGCCCGUCCUGUGGGCUGCCUUCGAAGGUCAUUUCGAGGCUUUAAAGCUACUAGUCGCCCGGGGGGGAGAUCCGGAUAAGGCCGAUCAGUUUGGUAACACCGCCCUGCAUCUGGCAUCCGCCAAAGGUCACAUGCAGUGCGUGGACUUCCUGGUGCAGUUCGGGGUUAACAUUUACGCGCUCGACAUCGACCAUCACAGUGCGCAGGACUUGGCAGCGAUCAACAACCGGGAUAAUAUCUUGCGGUAUCUCGAUGCGGCGGCAGCCACCCUCGAGGCCACGGACAGAAAACGGGCGCACGAGCUGAAAGAACAUGCCAAAAAGAAGAGCGAGAAAAGGGCCCGCGAGUUCCUGGGCCGGCAGCAAAAGAUCGAACGGGAGCUCGAUCCGAGCCUGUCCCGCCGUCCGGUGCCGCACCGGCCCUCGAACUUGCUGCAAACGCUGAAGCAAAAGCUCUGGUCCGGUAGCCAGGGAAACCUGUCCCAGGGGCACCGAUUGGCCGAUGGGCAGGCACAGCCCCAGAUGACGACAACGACGACAACGACGACGUUCAGUGCGCUGGUGGGUGGAACGGUUGCCCGUGGCGGAGGGGCAGUGAAGAAGCGGGCGAAUGCCAUGAAAACCCGACAGCAGAUGGAAAACGGAGAUUUCAAAAUUGGCGAAAUGGAGGCGAACGGUAAAAGGAGCGUGCGAUCGAUACAGGGCUUACGGCGCGACUCGGAGGUGCUGUACGUGGGAACCUACAGCUCGAACGAUGACUCCAAUGCCUCGGACCGGCGGGGCAAGCUGAAGGACGUGUUCGACGUUGACUCGAACGGCGGUGACAAUGACGAUGCGGACGAGGACAGUGGCAGUGCGGCUAGCGGCAAAUUUGGAACCAUGUCCCGGGCGCACAGUCAGCCCGACUUUCUGCUGGCCGGCGCCACCGAUGAGGUGACGGAGGACGUCCUCCUGCAGCGACCAUCGGGACUGUUCAGUCGGCCAUCGUUCGGUAACCUGGCCUUCCCUCGAUCCGUUUCGAAUGUGCUCGCCCAGCUCGGCAACGAACAGUCGUCCAGUGCGUCCUCGGACGGCUCGAUGAAGGCCAAACCGACGACGAAGGGAGCGAUCAAGCCCCGCUCGCAGCUGGUCAUCUCGGAUUCGGACUCGGACGUCGAAAGUUCCGACAACGAGGAGAACGACUCGUUAGCGAUUCUGCGGUUUUUGGCUGCCUUCAAGCUAGAAGAUUACUAUCCAGUAUUCCAAAAGAACGAAAUCGACUUGGAAACACUGAUGAUCCUCACGGAGAAUGAUAUCAAAUCGCUCGGCCUGCCACUCGGGCCGUACCGGAGGCUUUGCAACGCGAUACAGGAGCGAAAGGAAGCCUUGGCUAAUCCGGGCACGAUAUCCGACAGUCGACUUUAGUCCAUUUGAUAAGCUUAGUUUACCACGGAAGGUAAACUUGCAAAUGGAACUGAUGCGUUGGCGUGUACAUUGAAAAUGGAUCGCAUUUAACUGCUGUACAGUAGUGUAGUGCAUAGUAUAGUUUUCUUUUUUAAUUGGACCCUAGGACACCCCCUUAGGCCCUAUAUGAAUUAAAUUAUUAGGAAUUUUAUGUACAUUCUACCAAAAUGAAUGUGAGCUAUAAUAAAAACAAGAUGCAAUACGUAAA